AUGGCGAUGCGUGGAGGACCGAAGUUUGCAUGCAUGGCUCCCAUCAAGGCAGCUCUGCGGUCCUUGGGCCAGGCCAUGUAUCAGACCUAUGCCCCGAAGGGCGUUCAUGUGGCUCAUGUCGUCAUCGAUGGAGUCAUUGAGUCUCCGAACACCAAAGCUUGGGCUUCCAAGGUCAUGCUACAGGAUCCGGCGGACUUGGCUGAUGCCUUCUUCGCGCUGCAUGAGCAGAAGCCGUCUGUUUGGUCUUAUGCGCCUUGGAUGCAUCAAGGGUUUUCGGGAGCCGAUGUCGUCCUCGAGUUCCGCUGCCAGGAGAUUCAGCUGACGCCCUGCAGGGAGUCCGUGGGCAUGAACAAGCCUGUGCGACUUCUGGCGGCUGUCUUCCGGAGUUGCGACUUCGACCUUUGCGAGCGGUGCUUUUCCACGGCAAAGAAGGCCAUCGAGAACUUCCAGCGGCUUGGUGUUCGCGCUGGCGGUGUUGGCCUCGACACGCUCAUGGAGUAUAUGGAGUCAUGGAGGGGACGAGGCUUAUUUCUCGGACAGACAGGCGAUGUCCGAGCUGGGGAUAUUUGGCUCUGGUUGGCUGAGCGUUCUGGCAGCAGCAAGGGUCGGCAAACGAUGUUGACGGCUUGCAAUCCGAUCAGCCGCAGAUGCCUUUGCUGCAGCAGAUUCGUUGCGGCGGAACUCUGUCCGUUUCUUUCCGUCUCUCAGCUUGCAUCUUGUUUCGGGUCGCGGCAACACCGUCUUGCCAGCUUCGGCAAUAGACUCUUGCAAGCUUGGAGAGACGUGUCAGAAGGCUUGGAGUGCCUGACACUGACUGCUGUGAUGUACAUGUUGCUGCUGCUUAGCCUCCCCCUUGAGUGUUCCGUUGGGAGGCACCUUAACGACAAGAACCUUUGCCGGACGGAGGCCUCUGGCCGUGCGAGUGCCGCUCGGCUGCGCAGGUGUAUCCUGGACGCUGACUUGUCUUCCCGAGCAUCCUUCGGCGAGUGUUAG